ACGGCCCACUGCACCCACAGUCCAAGGGCAGGUUGGUAGGUCAGGAGCUUCUUGGAGCCAGCGUUAGAGCCUGUGACCAGUUCUGCAGGAACGGUGAGCACAAGGGAAAAGGAGCCAGCCCGGAACAGGACCUGUGGGGAUCAGAAAGAGCUCUGCCUGGGCGAAGCUGGCUGAGUGAGCGGCUGCAUUCUAGGAAUCAUGAGAGGACAGAAGACAGCAAGAGAUGAAGAAAACACCUAUGGCGUCCAGGGGACCCGGGCACCAGGAUGUGUGCUUUCAGGUUCGGGAGCUUACACAUCAUUGGUGCUCACAGGUGCAGAAGCCGACGAGUCUGCCCUGCAGGAGCCCAGGCUGCGGCUCCUCCUGGCUGGGAGGUCAGGGACUGGGAAGAGCGCCACGGGAAACAGCAUCCUGGGCCAGAAGCGCUUCCUCUCCAGGCUCGGGGCGACGUCGGUGACCCGGACCUGCGCCGCGGGCAGCUGCAGGUGGGCCAAGUGGGUGGUGGAAAUCAUUGACACCCCAGACCUUUUCAGCUCCGAAGUCUCCCAGACAGACCCGGGCUGCGAGGAGAGAGGCCGCUGCUACCUGCUCUCGGCGCCGGGGCCCCACGCCCUGCUCCUGGUGACCCAGCUGGGCCGCUUCACGGCCCAGGACCAGCAGGCCUGGAGGGGGGUGAAGGCGCUCUUCGGGGACGGCAUCGUGACGCGCACCAUCGUGGUCUUCACCCGCGAGGAGGACCUGGCCGGGGGCUCGCUGCAGCAUUACGUGCGCGACACCGGGAACCGCGCGCUCAGGGAGCUGGUGGCCGAGUGCGGGGACCGAUUCUGCGCCUUCGACAACCGAGCCGCCAGCGGGAAGCGAGAGGCGCAGGUGAUGGCGCUGAUGGGGCUGGUGCAGGAGCUGGUGAGGGACCACGGCGGCGCCGCCUACACCAACGACGUGUACAGCCUGGCGCAGGCCCUGGGCGGCGCGGACCCCGCGGAGAGGCUGCGCAGGGUGGCGGAGCGAGUGGCCGUCUGCGCGCAGAGGCGGCGGGAGCGCUGGCCGCUGGCCUGGCUGUGGCGGUGGCCCAAGGCGCCGGGGACCUGGUGUAAGCUGGGCGUGUGCACCCUGCUGGGCGCCCUGGUCCUGCUAUACAUGCAGAUCUCCAGGCACCAGCCUGACGCCUUUGGUGAGAUCAGUCCUGACAGACUGUAAAUAACACUUUGACCCAUCCACUGAUAAUUACCUUCAUCCUCGGUGCUCUGAACCUUCAGGGCCCACAUCUCUCCUUUCCUCCCUCACCUCGCCUAUUCUACCAAUUUCAGAGUCCUGCCAGGUCCCAUCUCCCACCUGAAACCUUCCUAUGAGCUCCCCCUUUCCCAAAGCCAAACAACCACAGUUAGUUUUGCCUAUUUUCUACUGACCUCAGACUGCCUUUGACUCUCUCCUGUCAUUGAACUGUCUUCACCCCUGAAAGCAGAUGAGGAGCCUUUGCCCUCUCACCCCCUGGACUCCCGGCAGGACCAAGGUUAGAACCACCACAGAGCAGAGUCUGAGUACAUACUCAUUUGCUUGAAUUGAACCGAAUGAAAGAAAUAAAUGUACUGGACAAUCA